AUGAGCAACCUAAAGCGACCAACACGAGUUGAUUUGGAAUGGAAAUUUCAGAUUCUGUUCUUAGGGCUCAUGUUCGUAACUGAGAGAGGAAGAGAGUUCAUUCAUGCUCAUGUGUUUGUAUCUAUGAGAGACGAAGUGAGAGAGUUGGAAUUGAUAGAGAAAAAGAUAAGAACUUUGAUUCUUAUUGAAAUUGAAAAUCUGUUGCAAGCAAAUCGAAGAAGUUUGAAGCACUUUAAAGGUAUUUCUUAUCCAAAUUCAUAUGUCACAAGGCACAUAGGCAACAAACUGGUCUAUGAAGAACGUGAUUACAAUGUCAAUACUGAACAAAAAACAUUCCAUGAUUUAUUUCAUUCACUUACAGAUAUGUCAUACAGUACCUCACUUGAAUCAUUGGGAGAUUCACAAUCACCACCAAAAGAUGGAGAAAAGUGUUUAAAUGUAUUGAAUCCUAUCAUUGAUUUAAAUGCAAAUACUAAUGAAGAACCACUAACAAAUGAAUCAACAUCGGGAAAUGAAGUUGUGAAUGAAGAAAAUGUUGAGAGCAGUGGCAUUGUUAUUCAAAAGUCCAAGAGGCAGAAAACUUCUCUAGUUUGGGAUCACUUCAAAAAAGUGGAAUUAAAGAAUGGAAAAAAAUGGCAAUGUAUACACUGUAAAAACAAUUAUUCUGUUGUUGCUAGUGGAUCAACCAGUCAUUUGAUGAGGCAUUUAAAACAAACAUGUCAUGUUUACAAGAAGCUAGUAGCACAACAAAAAAAAUUAAACUUUCAGCCAGCAAAAAGCAAGAUUGAUGAGAAGCUUUCUGGACCACUACUAAUGAAUUCAGGAGGUAAAUAUGACCAUGAAAGACAACGAGAAGCCACCGCACAUUGGAUUAUGAUACAUGAACAUGCAUUUAGUAUUGUUGAGGAAGAAGGUUUUCAUUUUAUGAUGAAGUGUUCUAAUAUUUCAUAUGAGAAAAUUAGUCGGAAGACAUUGAAGAAUGAUUGUAUUGCUGUUUAUGAAGCUGAAAGAAAAAAGUUGAAGUCUACUUUAAGGACAGUAAAUAAGAUUUGUUUGACCACUGAUUUAUGGAAGUCACAAAAUCAGAAGAUAGAAUACAUGGUGUUAACUGGCCAUUUCAUUGAUGCUGAUUGGGUUUUGCAGAAACGCAUUCUUAGUUUUGUUCAUGUUCCUUCUCCUCGGCGUGGUCUUAAAGAUUUGGGUAUUGAAAAUAAAAUAUUUAGUGUGUCAGUGGAUAAUGCACAUUACAACGAUAGAUGUUUGAAAGAGUUAAAAGUUCUGAUUUUAAGGCACCGGAAAUUAGUGUUAGAUGGAAAGUUAUUUCAUGUGCGUUGUUGUGCGCAUAUACUAAAUUUGCUUGUUCAAGAUGGUAUUGGGAAAAUAGCAAAAAUAGUUGAAGACGUGCGUGAAAGUGUGAAGUUCAUCAAUCAGUCUGAAGCAAGGUUGCAAACAUUCUCACAAAUAGUUCAACAACUAAAGCUUGGUGGUAAAAAAUUAAUUCUUGAUUGUCCUACUAGUUGGAACUCCACCUAUCAAAUGUUGUCAGUUGCAAUGCAGUUCAAAGAAGUCUUCCCUCGUUUUCAAGAUCGAGAACCAAGCUAUACAACUCUUCCAGAUGAUGAUGAUUGGGAAAAGGUUGAAAAAGUUUCCAAGUUGCUAGAGGUAUUUAAUGUUGUUACAAAUAUUAUUUCAGGUAGUGAAUAUCCAACUGCUAACUUAUAUCUUGCUGAGGUAUUUCGAAUCAAACUAGUUUUAGAUCAAGCUAUCCAAGAUGAAUCUGAUUUUAUGAAAGAAAUGGCAAAAGAGAUGAAGGGAAAAUUUGACAAAUAUUGGAGCCAAUGUAAUCUUGUUAUGUCGCUUGCUUCUGUUUUGGACCCUAGGAUCAAAAUGAUGGGUGUUAACAUGUGUUUUCCCUUAAUUUAUCCGGAAGUUGAAGCUAGAAAAAAUAUAGAAAAUGUGUGUAUCGCGCUUGAUGAUAUGUACAAAGAGUAUGCUGAGAUACUUAGUAAGCAUAGUGAAGAAGGAUCUAGUAGAAGUGGUGUUGAUCAAAAUGGGCUUAUUUUGGAGUCACAAAAAUCCUCAUGGUGGUCAUUGUUAAUGAAUUAUGUCGAAGAACAACAAGCAAUUCCUGUUGUAAAAUCUGAAAUUGAAGAGUAUUUGAAUGAGCCAACUUACAAACCUAAAGAUAACGGCCAUAUGUCAUUUUGUGCCUUGGAAUUGUGGAAAUUGAAUUGUGGAAAAUAUAGAGUGUUGUCCCAUAUGGCAGCAGAUGUUCUUGCCAUUCCAAUAUCUACUGUGGCUUCGGAGUCAACCUUUAGCGCCGGAGGGAGAGUUAUCGAUUCAUUUCGAACUUCUUUAAGUUCAUCUAUUGUCGAAGCUUUAAUUUGUGGUGGUGAUUGGCUUCGAAUAUUGCAUGGAAUUAGGAACAAACCUAAGGUGGAGCAAGUGCAAACAGAAAUUACAUUAUUCCCUUGA